UUCAGCGGAUGGAGUCCGAGUCGGAGACGGUAAGCAUUGGGGGGGGGUUGCACUUUUUUUCCAUCAAGCCGAGCCGAGUCGACUGGAGUCGAGUCGAGUCGAUCGAACGGUAGUCCGUUGCCCCCUUAAGCCCGAUUAGGGAGGUUCGAGUGUAUUGCCCUGGUUGGACUGUUGGCCGUCUUGGCGGGAGCUUGGCAUGCGCGUAUAACGGAGCGUUGUAUGUCGCGAUGCAACCGUACCGUGGUACGUUUGCCCUUUAGCGCCGGCUCCUGAAGCUUACUCGUCCUCCCGCAUCUCUCGUCCUUCCAGAUUCAUCUCCGGUCGCCGCCCGGUCUCGCUGGAAACCCUCAUCACCAGAUCUCUUAUCGCCCGCUUCCCCCUCCCUCUCUUUUCAGUCUUUCUCGGCUUUCCAGCCUGCCGUUUCCCCUUCUCCACACAUCCGCCGCCGUGCUUCCUGCUUCGUGCAUCGGUCUGUUCGGCUCAUGCAACGCGACACUCUCACUGCCUGACAGGCCCUGGCCAGGCGGUGGAAGGGGGGCGGCGGGGGGGCAUAUGUACCGGAGAGGCAGGAGAAGAAGCGUCGCCUCAAAUCCUCAGCUCUCCGACCUUAAUUUGGUUGUCAGCAUGCCAAGUCAUGGCCGACGAAUGGUCGAGGCGGUUCUAACCCCGGGUGGCCCAUCGAACCGCUCACAAGCCUUUUUUCCAACAAAGCUGAUUUGCCUUGAUUGAGUUGGCAGAAGUUAGCCUCAAAUAGGAAGGCAUAAUGGCUUACCCCACGACGUCGGCUCUCGACGUCUCCAUCUCUCUCGAACUUUGGAGUCGUAUCUCGUCGUAUUUUUGCUGUCGGCCUGUCGCUGGCGGACCAGAAUGCCGGCCUUGAACUGAUCCGGAAGGUCGCAACUCUUUAGCCUCAGGCUCCAGAGUCAUGUAAUCUACUGAAGCCAGAAACAAGCUUGAGAUGGAUUCAAGGCGACGUUCUCGAGUAUAUAUAAUGUGGUCGUCCACCAUCAGGGUUCUCUCUCUGUCUCGCUCUUGGCUCGCUAUCCCUCUCAGCUCUCAAGCCCCUAGUCUCCCUUUGUUCGAUCUCGAUCCCACCGGUUCAGUCCUCCAUCCAUCAUGCAGGCCAAGUUCACUCUCCUUGCGGUCCUUGCCGCUGUGGCCUCGGCCGCCGUCACCGGCGAGAGGGGCCGCUUGGGCUGUGGUACUCACGAGCCCACCCCUGAGCAAAUUGAGAUCGCCAAGCAGCUCGCCGAGCAGGAGGCUGCUGCCGCCAAUGCCACCAGCGGCGAGUUCAGCUUGGCUGCCGCGGCCACCAUCAACGUCAACACCUACUUCCACGUUGUUGCUUCCUCCCAGACCGUGGCCAACGGCUACAUCACUGACAAGAUGCUGUCUGACCAGCUGGCCGUCAUGAACCGGGACUUUGCCCCCCACGGCAUCGCCUUCAACCUGGUUCAGACCACGCGCACCAUCAACCCGACCUGGGCCCAGGAUGGCAACGAGAUGGCCAUGAAGCGUGCGCUCCGCAAGGGCACCUACAAGGACCUGAACCUGUACUUUGUGCGCCGGGUCACCGACGAUGCCUUUGGCUACUGCUACUUCCCCACCAACGCUGCCGCCGGAUCCACUGCCUUCAUCCAGGACGGCUGCACCAUCCUCUCCUCCACCGUCCCCGGCGGUAGCACGACCAACUACAACCUCGGCAAGACCGUCACCCACGAGGUUGGCCACUGGUUCGGUCUCUUCCACACCUUCCAGGGCGGCUGCACCGGUGCCGGCGACUCCAUCGCCGACACCCCGGCCCAGGCCAGCUUCUCCACCGGAUGCCCCACCGGCCGUGACUCUUGCCCCAGCCAGGCCGGCCUCGACCCCAUCCACAACUACAUGGACUACUCUUACGACUCUUGCUACGAGGAGUUCACCCCCAACCAGCAGACUCGCAUGUACAGCUUCUGGAACCAGUACCGCGCCUCGGCUUAAGCGUUCGCGACCUUCACAGGCUGGAAUAGGUGCGGCACAGGAUGUUGGUAAUCCAUGGAGCGAGGAGUAAUGGGAUCUUGAAUGUUGACGAGCGUUGAUGAUUAAUGUCCCUGUAUAUGUGUAGUCGAGGCAUUACUGAGAGGCGUGGGCGUGGGGGGGAAGGCUAUGUUGUAGCUGUGAGAGCUGACGAGGAGUUUCUUGGAUAACACAACACACCUCGACUUGAGAGAAUAAUAUGGUAACAGUAUUAUUACUC